AUGGUGAAGAAGCAAAGAGUUGUUGGAUUGAAGAAGCGGAUCGAGAUUCUACAAUCGGAAGUUGAAUCAGCGAAUGCAGAACUUGAGGAUGCAAAGCGUAUCAAAGAAGUUGCAGAGGAGGAACUCAAUGGCUACGAAGUUGAAUUGUCUUUGAACGAUGCUACGAUUCAAUCUCUCGAGGCAAGGAUUGCUCUUCUUCAUGAUGAAAUUUCUACUGUUGGAAAUGAAGUGGAAGCUCUUAAGAACAAGGAAGGAUUACUCAGAGAUCAGUUUAUAAGCCAAAUGGAAGAGCUGAACAAGGAAAUAAGGGAAUUCCAGAAAGUAACUUCCAAUGUGGGCGGCAAUGGUGAUAGUACUGGCAUAACAAAGAAUGUCAAAGUUUUUGAGGGUGGUUAUGGAGCUGAUUCAGAAGCUAUCAAGGAUAUGCUAUCUGAUGUAAAUUCUCAAAUAGCAAUAGAAGAAGAAGGAUACCCGGCAGAGCAGAACAUACAAACACAGCUGCAGAAAGAGCUUGAUGAAUAUGAGAAGAAAAUGUCACUCAUGGAGGCCAUAACAGACAGAACUAAUUCAGUGCAAGCUCUCGCUAGAUAUCCUUAUCUUCAUUACCAUGUUUCCUUAAUGGACAACAAGCAGACUUCUGAGUUGGAACAGAUAUUGGCUUCACUCGGGGAGGAGUUGCAAAAGAGAUGCAGAUGCCAGAAUUGCCAUGCAGAAAAUUUGGAAAUCUUGAGCUUACUUCUUCAAGGAGAUGAAGAUUUUCUUAAUAUGUUCUUUGAGAAAGUUUUUAAACCGGUUCCUCCGGUUUACAACUUGAUUCUGUCUGUGCUUUGGCGCCAUCCGGGGAACGUUGACCUUGAGAGUGUCAAAGUUGUUCACUAUUGUCCAGCUGGAUCCAAGCCAUGGAGGUACACAGGAGAAGAACCUAAUAUGGACAGAGAAGACGUCAAAAUGUUGAUUAACAAAUGGUGGGAUAUUUAUAACGACGAGUCCCUUGAUUUCAAACCGGAAAUCCCUGAAGAUUUGGAAGAAACCCUUUCGAAAUGA